UGACCUUUUUUUCAGUUUCACUUUCACCAGUUUUUGUGUCGCAGCAAGAAUUCCUGUAGCAGGUUUUCACACCCAGCAGUCGGCUUCCAGUUGAGUUAGUCUCUGAUGUUUGCAGCAGAGUGACAUCAUGGCGACUGCAGCAAUAUAUAAUCUGCCUCCUCUGAAGUGCAGUAGCAGCUAUGAGAUACUGCCACCUCACAUGUCUGAGCUGAGGGUUGUUCUGCUGGGGAACAGCUGGUCUGAGAGGAUUUCAGUGGGGAACUUGAUACUGGGAGAGACUGUGUUCAACAAAGCACCUGAAUGUUGUGUGAGAAUCAGUGGACCGUUGCAGGAGAAAAAAGUAGUUGUCGUCAACACUCCAGAUCUGCUGCAUCCGAACAUCUCUCAACAGGAACUGACAGAACAUGUAGAAAACUGUGUGAGAGUCUCUGCUCCUGGACCUCAUGUGUUCCUGCUGGUUCUACAGCCUGAAGGCUUCACUGAAGAACACAAACUGAGACUCUGCAGAGUCCUUAAACUCUUCAGUGAUCAAUCAUUUGAUCAUUCAUUGGUGCUGAUCUCACCACCCAGAGAGGAGAGUUCAGCUUCCAUGGAAACAUACAUGGAACACCCUCCAUUAAAAGACCUGAUCAGAAAAUGUAGGUACAGAUACUUGAAGAAGAAGAACCUUGAUCAUUCAGAGCUGUUAACACGUUUGGGUCAAACUGCAAAGGAGAACAACGGAAAGCACGUGAUCUAUGAACCAUUUGAGGAUGCAACAUCUACUUUACCAGCUGAUCAUCAAAGCCCAAAACAGAAGGUUUCUAUCAUAGAAACUGUUAAAACCGCUGGGAUUACAAUGAAAAAAAGCUCUGCGCAACUCCCAGAGGGAAACCCUGUGACUCACACAUCUGCAUUUAGGAUUGUGCUGCUGGGAAAAAACGAGGACAAACAGACAAAAAUUGGUAACUUUAUAAUCGGGAACCAAAGUUUUCAUUACCGAAGAACUUUCUCAACCAGGCAACGUGUGGCAACCUGUGGAGAGUGGAGAGGAAAACCAUUAACGGUUGUGAAAACUCCAGACAUGUUCAGUCUGUCUGAGGGGGAACUGAGAAGAGAGGUGAAAAACUGUGUGACUCUUUGUCCUCCUGGACCAAAUGUUCUGCUGCUGUUAGUGAAGCCUUCUGAAUUCACAGAGAAGAACAGACAAACACUGAAGUUCAUCCUGAGUUUGUUUGGUCAAGAUGCCUUUGAGUACUCAAUGAUCAUUGUGACACAUCAGUGGAAAGAAAUGAGAGUCCCUGUUAAUGAACUCCUUAAAGACUGUGGAGGAAGACACUACAGCAUGUCUGAAGAAAACCAUAGAUCACUAAUGGAGAAGAUUGAAGAAACAGCAAAUAAAAACAACAAAACCCCACCGCCUGUGUCUGAACACAUCAAACCAGCUUUGAACCUGGUUCUCUGUGGGAGGAGAGGAGCAGGGAAGACUUCAGCAGCCAAGGCCAUUUUAGGUCAGACAGAGUUAGUGUCCAACUCAUCAGAGUGUGUUAAACAUCAGGGAGAGGUGUGUGGACGUUGGGUUUCUCUGGUGGAGCUUCCUGCCUUGUAUGGAGAACCUCAGGAGGCAGUGAUGGAGGAAUCCUUCAGGUGUAUCUCCCUCUGUGACCCUGAGGGAGUUCAUGCCUUCAUCCUGGUCCUACCUGUGGGUCCCCUCACUGAUGAAGACAAGGGAGAGUUAGAGGCCAUCCAGAACACAUUCAGCUCUGCAGUCAAUGACUUCACUAUGAUCCUGUUCACAAUGGAGUCAGAUACUACAGCUCCAGCUGUUGUUAACUUUCUAAAGGGCAACAAGGACAUCCAAGAGCUCUCUAAGAGCUGUAGAGGAAGAAAUGUUGUUCUCAAUAUCAACGACAAGCAGCAGAUCCCACAGCUGUUGGAUGGUGUGGAAAAGAUGAGAGUCGUUAAGUCCAGAUUCUUCACAAAGGACAUGUUCACCAAGGCUCAGAUGAAGAAGGUUGCAAGACUGAAAGCUGAACUGCUUGAUGUUAAAAAGAAGAGUGAGGUGGAAGGUGAUGAUAAACAUCAGAGCAGAGAGUGUCUCAGGAUGGUGCUGAUUGGGAAGACUGGCAAUGGGAAGAGUGCAACCGGAAACACCAUUCUGGGCAAAAAACAUUUUACAUCUAAAAUGAGCUCAAAAUCUGUCACUAAGUUUUGCGAGAAAGCAACAGGAGAGAUUGAUGGACAGCCUGUUGCUAUGGUCGACACUCCCGGCUUGUUCGACACGACUCUGUCCAAUGAUGAGAUUCAACAGGAGCUUCUAAACUGCAUCAGCAUGUUGUCUCCUGGACCUCAUGUGUUCUUACUGGUGCUGCAGAUUGGUCGCAUUACAAAGGAGGAAAAAGACUCUGUGGAACUGAUCAAGAAAUAUUUUGGUAAGAAAUCAGGAGACUUCAUCAUCAUCAUAUUCACCAGAGGAGAUGAUCUCAGUCAUUCAAUUGAGAGUUAUAUAGAUGAGUCAGAUGACGUUUUGAAAAAACUGGUACGUGACUGUGGAGGAAGAUACCAGGUCUUCAAUAAUAAGGUUGAGAAUGAUAACACACAAGUCAGAGAGCUGCUGAAGAAGUCCAACAAAAUGCUGAAGGAAAAUGGCGGCAACUGCUACACCUCAGAGAUGUUCCAAGAGGCCGAGGAAGCCAUACAGAAGGAAGUGGAGAAGAUCCUGAAGGAGAAAGAAGAAGAAAUGCAGGGAGCAGCUUCAAAGAAAACAUGAGGAGGAAAUGGAAGCAGUGAAG